GGCGGGGAAGCGGUGGACGCGUAGCCUCCAUGGCUAGGCAGGGCAGCCGGGAGCAGCAGGGCAUCACCUUGCGGGGCAGCGCUGAGAUCGUCGCCGAGUUCUUCUCCUAUGGAAUCAACAGCAUCCUGUACCAGCGGGGAAUCUACCCCCCAGAGACCUUCACCCGCGUCCAAAAGUACGGGCUCACCCUCCUUGUCACCACCGACCCCGAGCUGAAGAACUACCUCAACAACGUAGUGGAGCAGAUGAAAGAGUGGCUUUACAAGUGCAUUGUGCAGCGUUUGGUGGUGGUCAUCUCAAGUAUCGAUAACAAUGAGGUUCUGGAGCGGUGGCAGUUUGACAUCGAGUGUGACAAAACGGCAAAGGACGAGAGUGCACCACGAGAAAAAUCUCAGAAAAUUAUUCAGGAUGAAAUUCGAUCUGUCAUAAGACAAAUAACUGCCACAGUAACUUUUCUGCCACUGUUGGAAACUGCUUGUGCCUUUGACUUGCUGAUCUACACAGAUAAAGAUCUGGCAGUGCCAGAAAAAUGGGAAGAGUCAGGACCACAAUUCAUAGCCAAUUCAGAAGAAGUUCGUCUUCGUUCCUUCACUACCACAAUCCACAAAGUAAACAGCAUGGUGGCUUACAAAAAGGAUUCCUUCCCCUGAGACACUGCCAGGGGGUUGUAUAUAUCUUGUCAUUUUGUAUAGUUUCUGUUUAUAGUGGUGAUAUGCCCUGAACACAUCAUUAUUGUUGCUCUGGCUGAAGCAUGAUACAGAAAAAAAGGCAACAUAUUUAUGAUAAUGUAAUGUAACACUAGACUGUGCUAGCAUUGAUUUUUAAAGAGGUCUAAAUCAAGUAUUUUAACAGUACUUCCAUUCUUAACUGUAUCAGCUAAACUAAUGGGUGUUUAAGCUACAACAUUCACUAGAAAAAACUACCUGAAUCUAGGGUUAAGUGCCAGAACUGUCUUCAGAUUCUGUAGUUUAAGAUUAUUACAAACUGCAUUCCAUUAGCAGGUUUAAGUUCUUUCUGGCACUAAA